AUGCCUUCCUUCCUCGACGGCUACAACGCCUCGGUCCUGGCGAUUCCAGCCUACCUCAUCCUCUCGUUCCUUCCCCACGCUCUCGCUGUGAGUGUCGCUACUCGGGGCAAUCUCCUCGAGUGGGACAACCGAAGCCCGCGCUCCAACGACAUGAAGGCCGAGCUCAAGAAGCGCCUGCCUGCUGAGACCUACGCCAAGUACGAACGUAUGGAGGCCUGUCAUGCCAACGGGAUGGAGAACCUUCCUCUCUUCAUGGGCGCCGUCAUCCUCGGUAACAUGGCUGGCCUGCCGCAGAGCGAGCUCGCUUCGUUCAGCGCUUCGUUCCUAGCUGUCAGGGUCGCCUACACUGCCGCCUACAUCACCACUUCCACUCAGGCGCCUACACUUGUUCGCAGUGGCCUCUGGAUUGCAAGCGUCUCGCUGUGCUUCCGUGUUAUCAUCCGGGCUGCUGGAGCCAUGGCCACCGUGGUCUAG